AGUCCGAGUCAAUCAUAUUUACUAGUACGGUACAUUUAAUGCAUUUGAGAAUAAAAUUAUUUCGCUAAUUCUUUGCUAUUUUAAAGAAAUAAAUCUUUUGAUAAAUAUUUUUGUGAAAUUACAAAAAAACGUAAUUUGAAUCCACCAUGAAAAUUAUCAUUUGUAUAAUUUUAUUCGUUGUAUCUGUUCAAUCUACUCAUUAUUCUGAAGAUGAAAGUGAAAGAAGUUAUCUUGAAGAAAGAUAUGAUACUAGAGAUGAUGCUGCACAACUCAACAACUGCAUCAUAUCGGUUUAUAAAAAAAAAUUUUUUGGAAAAGGUUCUCAAGUUUAUACUUGUAAACACAGACAAGAACAUUAUAGUGACCUAAAUAAAGCAAGAAAUAAAUGUAUCAUUAGACGUGAUGAUGGCUAUUUCUACUGCAGACUAAAAUCAACACGUAAUAAUUGAGUUCUUCAGGGUAAUAUAACUAAAAAAACAAAAUGUUUUUUUUUUUAAAACUUUAUAUUGUUUAAACAUUCAUAAAUUUCACUCUGUAUCAAUAUGAAUAAAUAAAAAAUUGUUAUCAA